AUGAAAAUUACGACAUUGAGCAAUUUCGAUGUAAGAAUAACACGAAAUUCUUCCUUGACUUCCAGUCAAGACAGUGCACACACAUUUGUGUUCCUUUCUUUGAGUUCCGACGAUGAUGAUGAUGAUGAUGACGAUGAUGAUGACGAUGAUGAUUACGAUACGAUGAUACAAUAUUCGAUAUGUUGUACUUGA